CGACGCCCCCCUCCCCACCCCCUCCUCUCCAACGCCGGCGGGCGGCGGCGCGCCAUGGAGCAGGAGCAGGCGACGUCGGUGGAGGUGGAUUCCAUCCUCUUCGGCUUCUACACCGACGACGAGGUCCGGCGGCUCAGCGUCAAGCGGCUCACCAGGUCCGAGCGCCUCGACGCCAAGAUGUGCCCCGUGCCCGGCGGCCUGCUCGACCCCGCCAUGGGCCCCGUCAACGCCAACGACACCUGCAAGACCUGCGCGCAGCAGCCCGGCAACUGCCCGGGCCACUUCGGCCACAUCGAGCUCUCCAAGCCGCUCUUCAACCCGCUGCUCUUCGACACCCUCCGGGACCUCCUCCGCUCCACCUGCUUCACCUGCCGCAAGUUCCGCCUCAGCGCCCAGCUGGUCGACAGGUACGCCCGUGAGCUUGAGCUGCUGGCGAGGGGCGAUGUUGUCCAGGCCAAGAACUUGCAAGAUUCCGCUGUUUCGGAGGAAAGCGUUGAAAUGGACGAGGACGGUUCGGUUGAUAAACCGGCGCCCCCUUCUGACCGAGGGAACAAAAUCUGGACAUCCAUCCAGUUGAAAGAGGCCCAUUCUAUCUUCUCCAAGCUGAUGAAAAAGCGGGUGAACAAGUGUGCAAACUGUGGCAUGAAGAACCCGCCCAUCAAAUGCCAGAUAUAUGGUUGGCUCACCAUUCAGGGUACAGAUGGUUCUGCUGUAAGAAGAAAAGCAAUCACCGAUUAUAAUCUUGAAGGAGAUGGCCAUAUUUCCAACCCAAAUGGAACUGGUGUUUCUGGUCUUAUGGAUGAUAGAGUUAAAGCAUCAAGCAAUCAAACAAAAGACCUUUCUGAUGAUAGGCCUCUCUUGGCUACAGAGGUUGAAUCUAUUCUCAAAGACCUGUGGGAAAAGGAAGCCAGGUUCUGCAUGUUACUAUGCGACUUUCAGCAGAAUUUAUGUGUAUCAGAAAAGAGGAGGGGCUAUGAGAUGUUUUUCUUGAAGAGUAUGCUUGUGCCACCAAAUAGAUUCCGUCCCUCAACUAACUCUAGCCUUGGAAUUAUGGAACAUCCACAAAAUGUUAUGCUAAGUAAAGUGCAAGAGGCCAAUCUUGCGCUACAGCAUGACAAUCCUAAUCACAUGGAUAUUCUUACAAGAUGGAGGGAUCUGCAAACAAGUGUAAAUUUAUUUUACGAUAGUAGUAAAGGCCUUGUAAAAAGCGAUAAAGAUGGUCAUGGUGUACGGCAAUUGGUGGAUAAGAAAACCGGGAUUGUUCGACAGAAAAUAAUGGGCAAAAGAGUUAAUCAUUCCUGCCGGACAGUUAUAUCUCCGGAUCCGUUUUUGGCUGUUAACGAAAUUGGCAUUCCUCCUGCUGCUGCUUCAAAGCUGACUUAUCCUGAGAAAGUGACGCCCUGGAAUGCCAAAAAUCUGCGAGGAGCUAUACGUAAUGGCGCCGAAAUUCAUCCUGGCGCGACACACUACAAGGUUAACAAUAACCUGUAUAAAUUACAGGCUGACCAUUCCAAACGUCAUCCCACUGCUAAGACGUUGCUUGCUUCUAGAGGAUCAAUUUCUCAACCAGGGAAGGACCCUAGAUGUGAAUUUGAAAGCAAAGUUGUAUAUCGACAUAUUCAAGAUGGUGACAUUGUACUGGUCAACAGACAGCCUACUCUUCACAAGCCCAGCAUGAUGGCCCAUGUUGUUCGUGUGUUGCCUGGAGAGAAGACAAUUCGAAUGCACUAUGCCAAUUGCAGUACAUACAAUGCCGAUUUUGAUGGGGAUGAAAUGAAUGUGCACUUCCCGCAAGAUGAAAUAUCUCGGGCUGAGGCCAUCAACAUUGUUGAUGCAAAUAAGCAGUACAUUGGUCCAAGGAGUGGGGAGGCUGUCAGAGGUCUCAUUCAGGACCACAUUGUUGGUGCUGUUCUCCUGACAAAAGUGGACACAUUCUUGAGCCGUGAGGAAUACAGUCAGCUUGUCUAUGGGUCUUGUGUGUCCUCAACUCGUGGUCCUUGUCAAUCUGGUAAAAGGGUAUCCAUUGUGAAUGAUGAUGACACAUUGGAACUUCUUCCUCCAGCUUUUGUGAAGCCAGAGCGGUGGACGGGAAAACAGGUCAUAACAACCAUCUUGAACCAUUUAACGAAAGGCCACCCACCAUUUACUGUGGAGAUGAAAGGGAAAAUUUCAGUACAAUAUCUAACAGCUAAAGUACGCCAUGUUGCUGAAGGAGAAAAACUUAGAGAUCCUGAAGAACUAGUUUUAUAUAUUCGCCAUAAUGAGCUCUUAAAGGGCAUGAUAGACAAGAACCAGUUCGGGAAUCACGGGAUAAUACAUACAGUUCAUGAACUCUAUGGUGCAGAUACAGCUGGAAGAUUGCUCUCGAUUUUCAGCCGCUUGUUUACAUUGUUCUUGCAGUUUCAUGGAUUUACUUGUGGAAUAGAUGAUCUGUUACUAUCCCAAGAGUCAAAUAAUGAGAGGACGGAUUUUUUGUCGAAAAGUGAGGAACACAGUGAAGAAGCCCAUAAGAAAUUUCUGUGCAAGAAAGAUGUUGAUACAGAUCUAGUGGAAUUGCAAAUGAACAUCGAAAAGGUUGUUCGGAGAAUAGGAGAAUCUGCGAACGUUGCGUUGGAUAAAGCAAUGUUAAGCGAACUAAAUGGGUUAACAACUAAGGUCAAUAAGAACAUGUUUCCCUAUGGUCUACAAAAGCCCUUUCCUAAAAAUUGUCUCACUCUUAUGACUGCAACUGGAGCAAAAGGAGGCGAUGUUAAUAUGACACAAAUCUCGUCAUUGCUAGGCUCACAAGAUUUAGAAGGAGCGCGUGUUCCACGAAUGAUAUCUGGGAAGUCAUUACCUUGCUUUCCACCAUGGGAUAGUUCUUCAAGAGCUGGUGGUUACGUCAGUGACAGAUUUUUAACUGGUCUCCGUCCUCAAGAGUACUAUUUCCAUUGUAUGGCUGGCAGAAAUGGGUUGAUUGACACAGCAGUCAAAACAUCUCGUAGUGGAUAUCUUCAGCGUUGUCUUAUCAAAAGUCUCGAAUCAUUGUUCGUUUCAUAUGAUCACUCUGUGCGUAAUGUUGAUGGAUCAAUCAUACAAUUCUGCUAUGGAGAAGAUGGAGUUGAUGUCCAUAAAAGUAGCUUUCUCAAAAAGUUUAAAGAACUCGCUGAUAAUAGAAAAGCUGUGUCUGACAGGCUUGCGAGGUACAAGGGUGAGCUUGAUAUCUACAAUGGCGAUCCCCUGUCAUUCAAGUCCAAAUACAUUACUAAACUGCCUCAAGUGCUCACCAAAAGCGCAACAAAAUUUCAUAAAGAAAACAAGUGUUGCUGCCGCAAGCUUAAAAAGAAGUGUCGCUGCCGUUAUAACAUCAAGGAGGAGGAACUAAUGAAGUUACUGAAAGUCAAGUACGUGGCUAGCCUUGUAGAUCCUGGUGAAGCUGUUGGUGUGAUCCUUGCUCAAUCCUUAGGAGAACCUUCAACGCAGAUGACACUCAACACUUUCCAUCUUGCUGGAAGAGGGGACAUGAAUGUCACACUUGGGAUGCCUCGCAUACAGGAAAUCCUAAUGAAAGCAUCAGCUAACAUUGGCACGCCUUAUAUGAAGUGCCCUGUGCAUGAAGGCAAGAAGAGGAAGGAUGCUGCACGUCUGGCCGAAAAACUAAGGGGUGUUACGUUGGCUGAUGUUGUGGAAGGAAUUGAAGUAUGCACAGUUCCUUUUCACAACAGUAAUGGGCAUAUUUCGAGUCUCUAUAAGUUGCAUCUAAAACUAUUCUCACCAGACUGUUACCCUCCUGAGUCGGAACUUACAGUAGAUGAGUGUCAAGCAUCCUUGAGAACUGUGUUUGUUGAUGCAAUGGAAUAUGCAAUCGAAAAACACCUAAAUUUGCUACACAAAGUUAGUGGAAUCCAGGAAACAAGGGUAAAGGACACUGAGAAUUUACCAUCAGAAGGUCCUGAAGAAUCCGAGGGCAGACCUACCGACGGUGACGAGUCUGAUGCGAGUGAUGGCGACGAUGAAAAUGAGGAUGACUUGGGAGCUGAUGCAGAAAAGAGGAAACGACAAGAGAAUGAUGAGAUGGAGUAUGAGGAUGAUAUUGAAAGUGAAGAUGGCAUGAACAGUGACCCUGAUGAAGAGACAAAACAUGAACUUGAUAAUGAGGAUGAUCCAGCUGAGUCUGGUGUUGAAUCAGAAGAGAAUGACGAAGGACAUUUGUCAGAUUCCAGUAACAAGACUGCAAAAUUAGAAGGCGGGCUGGCAGCUACUAAACUCAAGAAAAAGAGAAAUGAAACGGUGGAAAACUUGAAGGAGCAGAAGCAGGCACAUAUAACCCAGAAACGCAGCAAAAAGUUAAAGCUGACUGUUCAUGUUGAAAGCGCAGAUUUGAAUUUUGAGGUUCACUACAUCUUGCACAAGGAACCACAUAUUUUACUAUCCCAGAUUGCCCAGAAGACAUUGAGGUCCCUAUUUGUCAGUGGAUCCCAUAACAAAAACAUAGGUCUAUGUAAUGUUAUUUGGCCAGAGAAGAAAAAGAAAGGUGAAACUGAAACCAAGCAAAAAGAGACAGAGAGGGAAGAAGCCUAUCGAGGGCUGCAAACGGCAGGACUGGACUUUGAGGUAUUCUGGGAUCUGCAGGACUUCUUGAACGUCUGCAAGCUUACAUCUAACGACAUACAUGCUAUGUUGAGGACAUACGGGGUGGAGGCUGCGAGGGCCACCAUCAUUAACGAGGUGAAGGCCGUAUUUGAGCCCUUUGGCAUCAAGGUAGACCCGAGGCACCUGAGCCUAGCGGCUGAUUACAUGACCUCGGGAGGCUCCUACCGACCGAUGAACAGCCUCGGGAUGGCCCGGUUCUGCACGUCGCCGUUUGGCAAGAUGAGCUUUGAGCAGGCCACGAGGUUCAUCACGGAGGCGGCCUACCAUGGGGAGGUGGACAACCUCACGGGCCCUUCGGCGACCGUGUCCCUGGGGAAACCGGCCAAGACCGGGACCGGUGCCUUCGGGCUGAUGCAGAAUAUCACCCUGGAGGAGCGGGCGGUGAUGUAAGAGUGCCCUACUCGGACCUUGCUUUGGCAUAGAUCACAAGAAUCUGUUGCUGCGUGUCCAGCCAUCACUCGUGUGUUUUGAAGGAAUUAGUCAUGUGAAUAACUUUUUUGUGCUUGCUAAGAGCAAAGCGAUGUGAUUCUCACCUGUUUGUAUCUACUAUACUACUCAUGUAGCUUAAGUUUCUGUCUAUUUGGUACGAUAGAUGCAUCCGUUGCAUUGCAGUUAGCUUAAUUUUCUUCCCACCUUUGGUCAUCGA